GAGAAACCUUUACUAUCCUCAAUUUCUUUUUUUUCCACCAUUUUAUCUCUCUCAAAGAUUCUUCCCCCUCUAUAAUCCCACACAGAAAAACAUAGAAGCAAACAAAAUCCAUCAAACAGAUUUCUUAUCCUAAGCCACCAAAAACUUGAGCUCUCAAAUCUUCUUCAUCAACUAUACUCUCUCUAUGCACAUUACACAUUAAUUCCUAGAUUUUACUGAAACCAACUUACGUACAAAUUAUGUAAUCAGCCAGGAAAAAAAAAAAAAGAACUAAAAAUGCCCAGUGAUUAGUUCAAAACUUUUUCCAUUCUUCUGUAUGGCUAAAAGGGUCGUCAUCCAUGGAAGAAAAACAACAAUCUGUACUUCAUUAGCACUCUUGUUUUUCAUGCUUCUGGUAAUGAUGGCAAAUCUGGAUGAUCAUCCUUUCUGUGGAGCCAACUUCAAGAGGCGGAAACUCUUAGGAUUUUCUGCCACAGAAAAGAGUUCAAGAGAGAUUAGUAGUAACAAUGGAGUCCAAAUAGGUCGGAGGGGAGGAAAGCAUCAUCACUUUUCAUGGAGGGAUAAUUAUGUGUUCAAUGCGAGUGCUCAUGAAGUUCCCAGCGGUCCAAAUCCCAUCUCCAAUAGGUGAGAUAACAUGCAAGAAGAAAGCCUUUGAUGGAAUAGCCAAAAUCUUAGGAUUGAUUUUUUUUUUUCUUUUUUUAUAUUUUUUUGGUGAAUUUUGAAAACUUUAGUAGUGUAUGUAUACAAUGAUUUACACCUUUUGCUGAUAUAUAUGCUGUUUAUUGUUGAUCUAGUCUUCUUCAAUGGAUAUUUUUUUAAUUUUUUUUCUACUAUUAUUGGUAUAUAAUUUUCCAAUCAUGGGUGC